GACAGCAGCCGUCAGACCUAAGUCGUGUGUGUAGAGCUCCGACAGACGCAAAGGACUACAACGAAACAUUCGAGAUGACUGAGCAGGUGAAUCACCAAUCGAUGGAUAAAUUCGAGUCUUUCUACAGGGACUACACGACACCAGAUGAGGUUGUAAAAGGCUACGCGGAAUGGGUGCAAAAUGGCUAUGACAGCGAUUUUGAAGCCAUAACCCAUCGUGGUCACGUGUUGGUCGGAGAUCUCAUAUCGGAGUUGUUCCCAUCCAAUCGGGAGGAUGUUUACAUCUUGGACAUAGCAGCAGGCACUGGACGAGUCGGCCAAGCCCUAACUGAUCGAGGAUUUCGGCGGAUUGAUGCGCUCGACCCUUGUUUGCCCAUGCUGGAAGAGGCCAAGAAGAAAAACGUCUACCAGCGCUACAUUAACGAUCGAGUGAGCGGAGAUCCGCUAGACAUUCCCGAAGGGACGUAUGACGCUGUGACUUGUAGCGCGGCCUUUGUGCACGGACACCUUCCAGCAGAGGCUAUCAUUGAACUCCUUCGUCUUAUUAAAACCGGGGGAUUCAUUGCCAUGGUCGGGAACGCGGAAUAUUGGGAAGCUAUUCCAGAGUACCGAGAAAAGAUGGCGGGGGUUAUCCAAAAACUGGAAUCAGAGAAAAAGUUGAAAGUGAUCAAAAAGGAGAUCAAGGAAGGGUUUAUUGGGCAAAAAUACCAAGCCAUAGAACUUGUCCUACAGAAGCUUUAAACAACCCAAAAAUAAGCAAGUUGAAACUGAUGUGAAUUUUUCUCAGCUGUUACGAUCAUAGCCAAAACCUAGCAAUCUCAACACAAGCUGUGUCACAAAGGCGAGACUUUUUGGAAGUUUCCAUCAAUAUUUUAAAAUUAUUUCUGAAUCACUUUUUACCUGUACAUGUAGUUCAUUUACUGAAACGAAUUUGUUCAAAACUUCCUCACGCGCAGCCCCUCACAGCACUGCUGUGUACUUAACCAUUUUCUACAUGUGCAUGGAGCCACGGCUGUUUGCUUUUUGUGGUUCAUUAAUGUGGUUCCCUAUUGUCUGUAUAGUACACCAAUAAGAGACCUUGUUGACAUACACGCGCGUGUAUGAACCAGGCACUGCAAAUUGCCUUGUCGUCUAGUGUUCUCAAGAUGAAAUCCCUUGCCCAGAUUUUUAGUGCUCGCGACGUUCUCGUUGGCGAUAAUAUAGCGAAAAUUGGUGCUAGCAACAAAAUGGUUGACGUUAGUAAUGGACCGCAAGUUUGCACCAAUAAUUUACUGAUUGACGACAAAAAUAAAUUGGUUAGUGAUAGUAAUAUAGUGGUUGGAGAUAAUGAUGUACCGGUUGGAGGUAAUAAUAUACUGGUUGGAGAUAAUAAUGCUCUGGCUGGAGAUAAUAAUGUACAGGCUGGAGACAAAAAUACAUACUGGCUUGAGAUAACAAUGUACUGGUUGGAGAUAAUAAUGUACUGGUUGGAGAUAAUAAUGUACGUGUGGCGGGGGGGGGGGGACCAUAAUGCACUGAUUCACGGCAAUAAUGCAUGCAUUGAUUAUCACUGACGAUAACAAUGUACUGAAUGUCUCAUUGCUGGUGAUCUCAAAAAUCCGUCUUCACGAUAACUCUUUAAUAUCAAAAUGGAGUAAAUAAUUCGGCAUUACUAGUGACCUUAAGGCUUACGUAUCCAAAUAUGAGACUACCGGUACCCCUUGUGUACUAGUGGAUAACCAAACACACUAAAACAUGGCAAUGGUCGGGCUUAUACGAGCUCAGAUACUCUUUACCACCUUUGUGAACAGCCACGUACCGUUUAAAAAUUUAAGAUACUUUUUUAAAAAAAGCUGUUAAGUUUUAAGGCUGUUGCCUGCGUGCUGCGAUUACAAAGUGUACUAUUACCGCAGCAGAUUUUUCUGUUAAAUAUAUCACACGCAUUCCAAUAAUUCAACACAAAAUAUUAUAUUAGACGAACAAGAUAAUGUGUUGAACAUGACACAUUAUUAUGUUAUAAUAACAAUAUAUUCCACCAUCACUCAGGCAACUGACUUUCUCUUAAAACUGACAGGUAUCUUUUUAGUGUAUAGUGUGUGUACUUGUGUUUAAUAACACGAACGGAAAAGCUUCUCUGUAGGACAAGUUCUAUUACUUACAUGUCUAAGUAUUUACAUAGUCUCAUAGGUAACAAAAAUUACUCAGUUAUAUAAUCAUUUAUAUUGUUAAGUAUCGUGCUGUUAUAAAGCUCGGGUGACGAUGUGGUCACAAUAGAUAUCUGUUAAUCCUAUAUUCUUGUAGAUUAUCUCCCCUUGUAUGCACAUAAACACUUGAAUAAAGGGGAAUGACCAGAUGUGAACCUUCUAUAACCAAGUAUAUUUCUACAAAGAGAAAAAUUAUGAUCAUGAUUUGAGCGUCUAUGCUAUUAAAGCAGUAUUGCGUAUGUUCAGUAUAGUAUUAAACAUUAUUUUUAAGUCUUCCAUUUAUACAGGGAAAAUUCCUCGUACAAAACAUAUCGUGUCCAAAUUGUUAACAUGCUCCUUUUUCCAAUUAUGAGGUUUCAUCUUUCAAAUGAUGUUUUACUCUACAAGGGAAUAUGUAUUACAUGCCAGUAGAGACGUUAUGCACGCUAAUAUUUAACUUUGUCUCUUGGUGUCGAAUCGCCAUGUAGCGGGACGUUGUACAGCAUGCAAUGUUUUAAGAUUCAAAUACUUAAGACUCCAUAAAAUGACAUUAUACACAUUUUGAUUAUGAUUGUCAAUUUUGCUAGGUGUUAAUAAAAGAGUUUAAUCUCUAAACUCAAAAAUAAAAGUUAUA